AUGCACGCCUCCGCCAGGCUGUGCGCGCACCUGAGUGGCACGACUCGUGCACGCGCGGCGACGGCCGGACGCGUCGGCAGGAGGACCCCGAGGGAGGUCGCUCAAGCCAAGCGCGGCAGGCCGGUGGCGCGGAAACCGCCGCCCGAGGAGGAGGGCGGACACAAUGGGAAUGUUGGUGACGCGAUCGCUCCAGAGGCCGUCGUCGGAAAGGAUAUCCGGCUGAACGUGGACGAAGACGCGGGCUUCACCAUCAUGCGUACCACGACGGACUGUACGAUGAACAUCGACUGCCUGUCGUCGACUGACCAGGAGGCCAACAACGGCCGCGGUCGCUUCACCGUCCUGGAGGUCCCCACCCUGCGCGACCAGCUCGUGAGCCUCAGCAGCGACAUCCACGACUCGGAGGUCCCGCGCAGCAACCCGCUUCUCGACGGCAGGGUGUACUCGGGCCACUUCAUACGAGAGUGCCUCCGCGACGACUCGGAUCUGCUUGAAAUCAGCUCGAUUCACACGCCGGGCAUCGCGCGUGUGCUGCGGCGCCGACGUAUCCCCGCCGAUCCGCUCCGCGACGCCGUAAACGUGUACGCGCACCGCGCGGGCCCCCGCGAGUGGGUGUACUGGGACCCCCCCCGGGUGAAGGCCGCCGUCCUGACCGCGGACGGGCUGUGCCCCGGAACGAACGUGGCGGUGCGGGAGAUCGUGAGAACGCUGGCGGACUACGGCGUGCGCGACGGCAUGGUCCGCGGGAUCCCGUUCGGCUUCAAGGGCCUCGCGACGCGCACGUGCCAGCGGGAGGACCUUUGCCACUUCCCGCUGCGGGUGGAGGAUGUGCGGGGCGCGGGGGCGCAGGGCGGGUCCCUCUUGGGGUCCUCGCGGGUGCCGGACGACCCCGACCCGGCUGUCCUGAAGCAGAUGGUGAAGAACAUCGACAUCUGGGGUCUGGACCACCUGUACAUCAUCGCGGGCCGGUCCGGGUGCCGCCUCGCCGCCCGGCUCGCCGAGGAGCUGCACCGCCGCGAGGUCGUGUGCGCGGUCAUCACCGUCCCGAAGACCGUCGACAACUGCAUGCCGCUUCUCGACCGCACGUUUGGUUUCGACUCGGCCGUCCAGGCGGCGCAGGACGCGCUGCGGGCCGCGGACGUGGAGGCGAGCAGCGGGCUGGACGGGAUCGGGAUCGUCAAGGUCAUGGGCAAGGACUCAGGCUUCAUCGCCAGUCAGGCGAGCUUGAGUUCGGGCCUCGUGGACCUCUGCCUCAUCCCAGAAGUCCCGGCGAACCUCCACGGCCCGAACGGCGUCUUCCAGCACCUCAGGAAGAUCCUACACGACAACGGCCACGCCGUGAUCUGCCUGUCCGAGGGCUGCGGCCCCAACUUCACGGACUCGGACUUCGAUCCAGAGCGGCGCAACAGCACGGGCGACAAGCCGGACGUCGGCGUGUGGCUGCGCAACCAGAUCAAGAAGGAGUUCCCGCAGUCGGACGUCAAGUACAUCGACCCGACCUACAUGAUCCGGUCCCAGCUGCCGUGCCCGUCGGACCACGGCGUGUGCACCGUCAUGGGCACCAACGCCGUGCACGGCGCGUUCGCGGGGUACACCAACCUGGCGGUGGGGCUCGUCAACACGCACUACGCGUUCCUGCCCAUCUCGACCAUCACGGGCACGACGCGCAAGGUCAGCACGGAGGGCAAGCUCUGGUCGCGCCUGUGCGCGUCGAUUCAGCAGCCCAACUUUGCCAUCUCGGAGUGA